ACAAUGGAAAGCAUAUGAUUCCCUUACGCUGUCCAAUUCUUAGAUACCCUUUUAUUUUUCUUGCCUCUUUUACCAUUUAAAGAAAGAACUCCGAUUCUGUGAGAGGAGAGAAAGAGAGGGAGAAGAGAGAGGAGAGAGAGGGCUGAAGCUGAACCCAAAAGGGUGCCUCCUUGUGUAAUUUUCCCAUAACACUACAGAAGCCCUCUUAUCCCUUUCCCCUCGCUCAUCACCAGCACUUGAAGGGUUCCCUUAAAAAGAGUAAAGAGUAUCGCAGUGUUUUAGCUUCUUACUACUCUUACCCAGAUGAGCUUUACAGGGUUUCUGAAAAUGCAGCAGAGCUUGAAAUUGAAUCUUCUGUUUUGAGCUUCUCUUUCUCCUUGUGGGUUCUUGAGUAUAUGGGAGUAAUGGGGAAGAAUGGAUUUGUUUUGGCUCUCUUACUCAUGGUUUUACUUGGAUGUCUCUCAUCAGCUUCAGCCACUGAUCCUGCAAGAAUUGUUACUGGGUUUGUUUCCAAUGGUUUCUCUGCUCUUCUAAAAUGGCUGUGGUCACUUAAAGCAACCACCAAAACUGCAGUUUCUGGUCGUCCGAUGGUGAAGUUUGAGAGUGGUUACACUGUAGAGACGGUAUUCGAUGGGAGUAAGCUUGGAAUCGAGCCGUACACGGUUGAGGUUUCAAACAAUGGGGAGCUUCUGAUUUUGGACUCUGCAAACAGUAACAUUUACAAGAUUUCAUCACCAUUGUCUCGCUAUAGUAGGCCAAAACUGGUUGCUGGAUCAUCUGAAGGUUAUUCUGGACAUGUGGAUGGGAAGCUUAGAGAAGCAAGGAUGAACCAGCCAAAGGGACUUACUGUGGAUGAUAGGGGAAAUAUUUACAUAGCGGACACUAUGAACAUGGCAAUCAGGAAGAUCAGUGAUGCAGGGGUUACAACAAUUGCAGGAGGAAAAUGGAGCCGUGGAGGGGGCUAUGUUGAUGGGCCAAGUGAAGAUGCAAAGUUUUCCAGUGAUUUUGAUGUUGUUUAUAUCGGAAGCAGCUGCUCUCUUCUUGUCAUAGAUAGAGGAAAUCAGGCUAUUCGAGAGAUACAGCUGCAUUUUGAUGACUGUGCCUACCAAUAUGGGAGUGGUUUUCCUUUAGGGAUUGCCGUGCUGGUUGCUGCUGGCUUCUUUGGUUACAUGUUGGCUUUGCUCCAAAGGAGAGUGUGUACGAUUGUCUCUGCCCAAAAUGAUUCCAUAAGUAGUAAAACAAGCUUUCCAUCCAGUCCAUAUCAGAAACCACUGAAAUCAUCAGUCAGGCCACCAUUAAUCCCCACCGAAGAUGAAUCAGAGAAGCAAGAAGAAGGCUUCUUUGGUUCACUUGGGAGGCUUUUCCUCAAUACUGGUGGAGCUGUGGCGGAAAUAUUCAGGGCAUUGUUCUCAGGUUCUAGGAGGAAGCCACUGACCCAUCAACUGCAACAGCAGGACUGUCUACAGCAAAAGCGUCAAAAUGCUUGGCCAUUGCAAGAAAGUUUUGUGAUACCUGAUGAAGAUGAGCCACCGUCUAUAGAAACAAGGACCCCAACCCCAAGGAAGACCUAUGCUUUCAUGACUAAUGACCCAGAGAAGACCAACCAUUUCCGGCAAAGUCGAGCUUUCUAUAGUGGUUGGGAUGGUGAUUUUCAGCAGCAACAACAGCAUCACCAGCAGCCUCAGCAACAUCAUCAGAGGCAUUAUUCGUCUGGCCCGAAAACAUGCUAUGAGCAGAGUUCUGAGACUACCAAUGAGAUUGUGUUUGGGGCAGUUCAAGAUGGUCGGCGUGAAGCAGUGGUGAUAAAGGCUGUGGACUAUGGAGAUCCAAUUUAUGAUCAUCGCAAUUUCCGGUCUCGAGGCCAUUAUGUGGGUUAUGCUCAUGGCUAUUAAAUAUUAAUCUUCAGUAUUACCUAUAAAAGAUACAAGAUUUUCAGUCUUUUCACCUCUUUCUAAUUGAUAUUUAAAUAUAUAGGGAGUGGGGAGUUUCUACAUGACUUGUGAAGAAAGAAUUGUAGUGACAGUCUUUGUGAGUUUGUUCAAGGAAUGUUGAUUCUCUGAAGUUAAACACUCUUUAUCCUUUUAA